UCGGUUGUACCACGCCGCCACCUGGUGACCCUAUGCAGUGUUUGGAUUGUCAAUUUGGCAUAUAAAAAACAAAAAUGAGGAAAUUAACGGACGCCGGCAUGGCCAAGAACUGUCGCUUGUGCGCCGUGCCCUCCUCGAUACUGGUGGACCUGUUCUCGACAGAGAUCUCCAAUCCGCCCGUCUCAGAAAUGAUGAACUCGUUUUUAAAAGAGGAUUGCCGCGUAAAAAAGGAUGAACUUCCUCAGAAGGUUUGUCCCACAUGCUUAGUGGCCGCACAAAGCGCCUUCCACUUCAAGGAGAAGUGCGAGCAGAGCUUUCACUACUUCACCCGAUUAACCACGACUGGGAAAAAGGCGGAUCCGAAAGCGGAAAGUGAACCAGAAGAAAUCGCCUUUGAGAUGGUUGGAUGUGGGGAUCCGCUGAGCACCGAGGUUGUGCCGGAGUGCAGCCUGGAAACUUCCGAAAUAAAAGUAUGCCCGGUUCAGCUAGAGGCGUGUCUCGGUGUGGAGGAGGACAGCUUGCUGUGUGAAAUCACUCCUAGCGAUAUAAAGCAAGACAUAAAUUUGGCUACCGAGGAAGAAUCCCAAAAUGGAAUAGAACAGCGCGAUGGAGGGCUCGGAUCGGAUGAGGACAAUGAAGAGGACGGGUUUUCCGAUGCCUGGGCCCCCGAGGAGACGUCAUCGAUAUCCAGCGAAGAUGAGGAGGAGCUUGUGAUCGAGACCGACAUCAAGCCGAACAUAAAAGCCGGAAAAUCUGCUUCUUUGCUAUGUCCCCUUUGUGGAGCCCAAUCAAAAUCGCAAAGGGGACUGGCCCAGCAUAUGAAGCGACAUCGGAAUCAUGAAAAUGAUCCGGGGUUCCCGCACUUGUGUGAUAAUUGCGGCAGAGGCUUUAGGACAAAUGCCAAACUUAUCAUCCAUUAUCGCCGUCACACGGGAGAGCGACCCUUCCAAUGCGAGCACUGCCCCAAGGCGUACACCCAUCGUCGGACCCUUAAGAUGCAUAUGCUCUGUCAUGAUGAGAAAAAUGCAUAUAAUUGUCCGGAGUGCCAGAAGACUUUUUACAAGCCAUACCAUUUGAAGGCACAUAUGCAGUUACACUCGGGAGACAAGCCCUUUAAGUGCCCCGACUGCCCGAUGGCCUUCAACAAAAACUCUGGACUGAAGAUGCACAGCCGCCUGCACACUGGCGAGCGACCGUUCAAGUGCGAGAUCUGCGGCCAAGGCUUUAUUCAGAACCACCAUUUGAUCACCCACUUGCGGGUCCAUAACGAGGACCGUCCGUUCAAGUGCCCCGACUGCGACAAGUCCUUCUUCGAGAAGUCCAACAUGAAGAAGCAUCAACGCACCCACUCCGGAGUCAAACCGUACAAGUGCGAGGAGUGUGGCCACGAAUUCUCGCACGCUCAUCAUCUUAAAAACCACCUACGGGUCCACACCGGAGAGAAACCAUAUAAAUGCACCCAGUGCGACAAAUCCUUUGCCGCGAGCCAGUCGCUGGUGAAGCACAAAAUUUGGCACGAGGGUAACCGCCAACGUGAGUUUAUGUGCACCGAAUGCCCGAAAGGAUUCGACACAAGUCACGGACUGAAAAACCACCAAAAAACGCACAAGAAGCCGCAGGUGAAGGAGUCAUACCAGUGCCCACACUGCGAAGUGAGGUUUGCUUUGAAAAAGACCCUCGACAAGCAUAUUUCCACCCAUAAGAUUCGGCCAUUCCCAUGUCCGCAUUGUCCGGAGGGAUUCUUCUCCGGGAAGAGCUACAAAAAGCACAUGAAACUGCACAACCUGAAACUGGAAAAACGAACUUUAACUUCCUAAUUGUAGGAUUUUCAUGCAAUUGUAUCGUUUUUAAAAUCAUUGUGACAUAUUAACAUAGUUGAUAAGUUUUAGUUAAGAUACAUUUUUUAACUCGCAUAUAGU